UUCUCGAGAUCGAGCGAUCAGGCGAAAACCGCUCGAGAGGACUCGAAGGCCGCGAUGUCCGCCGAUCCCCUAAAACCGCUAUAAAUCUCGAGCGGCGUCUCCCCUCGCAAUCAGGCGGGCACCAAGAGAUUCCGGCGAGUCAUUCUGGUUUUCAGGCGAGCCUCUUCUGGAUUUUUCCCUUUCUCCGAUGGCCGGCGGCUCGGUGAGGGAGCGGCGGAUCGUGGUGGCGGUGGACGAGAGCGAGCAGAGCGCUUACGCCCUCUCGUGGUGCCUGAAGAACCUCGUCUGCGACUCCGAGAGCGGAAAUUCCAGGGACACCCUCAUCCUCCUCUUCGCCAGACCGCCGCGGGUCGCUUACAAUGCGCUCGACGGAUCAGAGUAUCUGUUCUCAACUGAUGUGGUUGAUCACAUGGAGAAAUACAGUCAAGAUUUGGCAAAGUCUGUUGUGGAGAAGGCUACUGCGGUCUGUAAGGACCUAAAGAACGUCCAAAUUCAGACCAAGAUUGAGAGUGGAGACCCGAGGUAUGUGAUAUGCGAAGCCGUUGAGAAGCUUGGGGGUGACAUUCUUGUUAUGGGAAGCCAUGGCUAUGGACUCCUUAGCAGGGCUUUGUUAGGGAGUGUGAGCAACUAUUGUGCACAAAAUGCAAGUUGUCCUGUUUUGAUUGUCAAGAAGCCCGAAGACUAUACAACACCGUCUCUGAAGUUGUCGUCAAGCUUAUUUUCACUCAAAAGUAUCCUCACUAUGAGUCUCUCAAGUGUUUUGUAUGUGAAGCUCUUGUUGGCACUUUGGCUUCGCCCUUCCUACAGGUCCAUGGACUUGAUGUCUAAGAGUGGAGCUUGUGGCGGGUUGGUCCUGGUCAAGCUCAAGAAACAAGUUAAAGCUAAGUGCAGAUCGCCUUCUUCCCCGGUAGUAAUUUCCUUUUUUCCGAACUCCAUAUCUGGUUUUCCGAUGGCUGGUGGUGCGGGCGGCAAGGAGCGGAAGAUUAUGGUGGCCGUCGACGAGAGCGAGGAGAGCAGGUAUGCGCUGUCAUGGUGCCUCGAAAAUCUGGUCUGCGACGCUGAAUCUCGAAAAUCCAGAACUGUCCUCGUGCUCCUGUACGUCAGACCGCCGCCCCCCGCUUACACCGCGCUCGACGGGAAGGGGAUCUUUUCGGCAGAGAUGGCCGCGAUUCUGGAGCGUCAUGGGAACGAAGUGGCGUCAUCGGUGAUGGAUAAAGCCAAAGCUUUGUGCAAGAAACUUCCUCACGUGAAGGUGGAAGGACUGGUAGAGUGUGGAGACGCGAGGGAUGUGAUAUGCGAGAUGGUUGACAGGGUUGGUGCUGACAUUUUGGUCGUUGGAAGCCAUGGAUAUGGGACCAUCAAGAGGGCUUUUUUAGGCAGUGUAAGUGAUCACUGCGCUCAUAAAGCAAAGUGCCCAGUUCUCAUUGUGAAGCGCCCCAAGCAGGAAGGUUAACAAUAUGAGAGAGAGAGAGAGAGAGCUUGUAAUGUACAAUUUGUGCUGUAUAGAGAGGGAGAGGACUGAAUAAGUAAUCCCAAUUUCGUGGGAGGAAUUGGGAGUCGGCUUGUUGCGUCAUCUUCUUGUCCAUGGAGUUUAUUAGAGCUUUUCUCAAUGUCAUUUCUCAUUUUUGUUUC